GUAGUAAAGACGUUCUAAACACAGCAGUUCUUGCAGACUUUCUUUUGUGAAUAAUUUCAAAGUGAAGAUUCUUUUUAGAGGAGACGAAAUGACAUUGACGGAACAGAAAGAUUCGGUGGAGCAGUGCAGCGAGGAAAGCUGUGUAAAAGCCUGCCCUGGUGUGCUUGAAGUCUUUAGGAAUGCAGCCCAACAGGAAAGGGUCCUCAAUGGAGUCCAUAAAUGUGCGGCCAUUUUGGAGAGAGACCCGGAUGCGGUGAUGUUAUGUAUUUUACCUCAGCCGCCAGAAGAUGCUGACGUCACUAUUAACAUAGAACAAACACUUAUUGAAGCACAUUGCUGGGAAAAUGGCAUAAGAGUAAUGAAGGUGGACUGUGCAAAGAAAUUAGAGAUGUUAAUUCUCGACCAUACACAGCCGACUGACCAUUCAUUGAAUUCUGAUUUCUCCUGUGUGCUGGUUCUAUUUCCCAAAACUGACGUCAUCGACUCCCCUGCCGCAGAGAAAGAGUGGAAGUUGAUUGAUAACUUCUUCAAGAAAAUGCUCAUGCAUGGGGUGCCACAUUGGCACGUCAUUGAGUUACCUGGAUGAUGCAUUCUACCUCAUAAUUAAACAUUUGUUUUUGAUUCAUUAUUGCACCAAAACCGUACAAUGAAAUGGGAAUGUGAUGGCCCAGUACAGUCUUCACGAAGUUUGUGAAAGUGAAAAAAAGGCGUUUGAGACAUGUACGCAUGCCCCGUGAGCAUGAUCUAGCUUUCCCCGGAAGUGAAGUGCACGUGAAUUCGAUGAAGAUGGAACUUCUUGGAACGUUUAUGGUUAUGGUGUUGAAAUCAUCAUUGUUAGAAUUUAAAAGACUUUAUUGAAUGUAAUUUUUCAAUAUAAUAAGUCUAUGAAUUUGUACAUAAGCUUGUGAUAAAGAAUAGGAUAAUAAAAAAAAAUGUAACAUAA